AUGUCGCUCAUAGCCACAGCCUCGCUGCGGCCACUUGGCUUCCAGUGCCUGCAGGCGUCGCGUCUCGGCGUCAUCUCACUCACCCUACAGUCGCGUUCAUCGAAUCUCAAUGUUCGCGCCAUAGUGUCUCUCCCUCAGCAACGUCGAUUGUACUCGGACCAGCACGAUGGCAACCACCACGAGGGUCGUCGACAACCGCCCAUGCCCAGGCUCACAUUCCGCCAGUUCCUAGGGCGCGUCUUGACAGUCAGCUUUCGCAAUGCGGCGCACGUGUCAAACAAGCAAAAGAUACGCACCUUCUUCCGGGGGAACCCCGUUGCCUUUGCUGCCCUCAUAGUCCUGACCGUCGUUACGUUCGCACUCGUGACAAGUCAGCUCUACCUCUUUUACAAGACUUUCUUCAACCCGCAGAUUAGUCGCUACCCAGAGCCGGUCGCCACUUCACUGCGUCGGGCCAUCUACUACACCACCAUAACCCCCGAUCCUGAGCGCGCGCUCAAGUUCUACCGGCGCGCCAUGGCGCAGACGAGACAGCUGAACAUGGACAUUUGGUCAGACGAAGUCCUGGGCAUCAGGAUCAUGGUGGCCUUCUGGCUGGAGAAGCAGGGCAACUUUGGGCAGAGUAUCGAGGUCCUCGAGAACAUCAGCAAAGAAUGCCUCGAGUGGAUUGGCGAAAUGGAGAAGAACUCGGACAAGAUUGACGACAAGGGCUAUCUUAAGGACGCGCCCAGGCCAUCCCUACUCCCCGAGGGAACAGACACCUCCAAGAUGUACCUCGCCCAGAACGAGGACGCGCCUGAAACCAUGUGGCGCCGACGCGAAAGACUCCUGCAGAAAGCCAUCUCCACGUCUGUCAAGCUCGGUGAGCUGUACGCUUCGCAGCAUGUCCUGGACCCCGAUGCUUCACAUGAGCACCUCGUUUACGCCGUCGAGUCGACGCUCAAGGAGUUCCGUCGCCGGCGAGAGAGCGGUACUACCCCGCGACCGGGCGAAACAAGCUGGAUGACACCGACCGAGGUUGGCGCAAUGAUGGAGUCACUGGGGCGAAACUAUGAGAAAAAGGGCGAAUUCCAUCUUGCCAUUCCGCUCUUCUUUCAAGGCUUGCGGAACUGCGAUAGCCCCUGCCACAGGGCUGUCAUUAUGAACAAUCUCGCUGCGUGUUUUGCCCAGCACCCCCUCUACUCCCCCACCGAAUCGUCACUGAGCGAGACCGAGUCUCUGAAGACCAUUUUCGAUUCAAGCAUGCCCAACACCAGGAAGGACUGUCUCGAGGCCGCAGCCAACUGGGCCAAGAAUGCCUACGUCCAUGCCAAGGACGUCAAGGGUGAUGACAAGACGGAUGAAUGCGAUGAAGCGUGUGCCGUUGCACUAUGCAACUGGGGCGAUGUGGCAGCCAUGCAAGGGAAGAAGGAACUCGCUAAGAAGAAGUAUACCCAAAGCAUCGACCUGUGCAAGAAGCUUGAUUUCAAGACAGGGUCUCGCCAAGCUCAGGAAGGAUUAAGGAGACUGAAUGCCAGUAAAUAG